AUGGGCAGGCGGGAUUCAAGAGAAUAUCUUUCAUUCUACGUCCUGGUUGUUAGAGCUAAUUUUGAGCUGACUGUCUUUCAGUGGCUUGUCGUGAUCGAGGACACUGACUGUGGAGAACUCUCUGGCGAUGUCGUACGGCCCCGCAGAAGGCUGGAGAGAAGAGGCCACAGGCCAGCUGCGGCGAUAGCGAGGGAUGCGCUGGGUGGGCGUCGCCGCUAUCUGGAGGCGCGACGCCCGCCGGACCGCAUCCGCCGGCCAGUUCCGCGGCAGGCAGACAUGGGCCCGUCAACGGCGCCCGUGUUCGCCGCUCUGGUCACUCUGGUACUCGCAUUGGCUGCACCGCCGUCUUCUACACCUCGCACCACUGUAGGAACUACGGAGCGGCCAUGGAACAGAGGAAAGACAUUCAUGAAUCAGCUAGCACAGCUGCUAGACGCCAGAGUGAAAGACUAUGGAAUCUUCCGGAUGCCUCUUCACGACUACACCCAAGAGCUGAAUCGAACUGUCUACGGUAUUAAGCUCGAAGGCAAAAUGAUGUUCCGCUAUGGCUUCAUAAUGAGUCUUGAUAGGAUUGCAUUUGAGCCAAGAGAAUAUCAACUCAACGAAAUGCAUGGCAUCACCUACAUCAGGGGGUCAUUCAAGCUCCAAAAUUUAACCAUCUUCUACGAUCUGUCGGCUCGCAUGAAAGACCAAGGACCCAUCAUCGGUACAGCCAAACACGUAUUCGAAACUUGUGGCAUCGAGGUCAGGGUGUGGAAACCACCGUCGAAGCGACCACACUACGCUCUCAACGUGAAGCAUGUCCAGUCUGCGAGGCACACGGAGUACUUACCAGACACACCUGUCACCAGGGCAAUGGCCAGAGUGUCGAGGCUGACGAGCUCAACGUACCUGUGGAAUGACAUUGAAAACUGGAAUGAUGGUGUAUUCAACGUCCUCCUGGGAGAAAUAUUGCACCACAUAACAUAUCCAUUCUAGAACAUGACUUUAAAUUGUUAAUAAAAACACAUAAAAAUACCUCCAAAAGUUUAUUUUCCAAAUACACGUAAAUUAACAGUAGGUGUGUUAGUACUUUGAACAAUAGAUAUACGAGAUCACUUCGAGUACUGAGAAACUAUCUCUUAAUACGAUUAAAUAAAUGUGAGCUGUACAAAAACA